GCUCACCUAACGCACCUGACGGACGAGCGGAGGAAAGUUUGUGGUUCCGCCCGGACGUUUACGGGUUUAGACUUUAGAGCGGUGCUGCUGCAGCAGGUUCUGUUCGCUCAUGCUGCGAUAAGACGGCGUCAUAAACCGCGGGGGGAAGCAAAGGUUAGAGCGCGCAGCCAUGACAGUUCCGUAGUGAGCUCCGUGUGCGCGAGGAGGCUGCGAGUCACACCGGCGACAUGUCCACACCUGGCAGGACCGACAGACCCUUCAUCAGUGGGGUGGUGGAAGGGUUUUAUGGGAGGCCGUGGACUAUGGAGCAGAGAACAGAGCUCUUUAAAAGGGAGCACAAGUGGGGCCUGAACACCUACCUGUACGCUCCCAAGGACGACUACAAACACCGGAUGUAUUGGAGAGAAUUGUACUCUCCUGAAGAGGCAGAGCAACUGGUGGCCCUGAUUUCAGCAGCCGAAAAGAACCAGGUGGAGUUCAUCUACGCGAUCUCUCCGGGCCUGGACAUCACCUUCUCCAACCCCAGGGAGGUCGCAGCUCUGAAGAGGAAGCUGGACCAGGUGAAGGAGUUCGGCUGCAGGUCCUUCUCUUUGCUCUUUGACGACAUCGAGACUGAGAUGUGUCCAGCGGACAAGCAGGCCUUCAGCUCCUUCGCCCACGCCCAGGUGGCCGUCACCAACGAGGUGUACCAGCACUUGAGAGACGCCAAGACCUUCCUCUUCUGCCCAACAGACUACUGCGCUGCUUUCUGCAAACCCAAUGUGCCUCAGUCCUCGUAUCUGCAGACCGUUGGGGAAAAGCUCUUGCCUGGGAUUGACAUACUGUGGACUGGUCCGAAAGUGGUGUCCAACAAAAUCUCAGUUGAGUCCAUAGAGGAGGUGACGGCGGUCCUGAAGAGGGCACCGGUCAUCUGGGACAACAUUCAUGCCAAUGACUACGAUCCCCAACGGCUCUUCCUGGGACCGUUUAAGGAUCGACCCACCGAGCUGAUUCCUAAACUGAGAGGCGUGCUCACAAACCCCAACUGUGAGUUUUAUGUAAACUUCGUGGCCAUCCACACGUUGGCAACAUGGUGUAGAUCUUCAGCUACCGGAGGAGGAAGUGAUGUGAAAACGGGCUACAGCCCUCAGGAAGCCCUGACUCUGGCCCUCGCAGACUGGCUGCAGGAGUUCAUGAGCGCAGAUCAGCCGGGAGGUGCUUGUCGGUCGGCUCGCCUCAGAAAAGCGUCGCCGGACGAGGAGCCCAUGCAGACGGACGUGGCUGAGAGCCUCUACGUUCCCGGACCAGGAGACAACCCGCUGUACACGGCCGAGCCGCUGACUCUGGACGACCUGAACCUGCUGUCGGACCUCUUCUACCUGCCGUACGAGCACGGGGCCGCGGCCAGGAGCAUGCUGGAGGAGCUGGACUGGCUCAAAACCCACCGUGAGGCUGCCGCAGCGCAGACGGAAGAGUGGCGCGGCCGGGCAGGGAAGUUCGACGGCAUGUGCGAGGCAGUGGUGCAGAUGUUCAACCGUCUGUCCAACGCCCCGAACCGCAGCAUUUUGUACGACCUCUACAACUACAUCUGCGACAUCAAGAGCGGCGUCGGACUGGCUCGGGCCUACGUCAAGACUCUCGGAGGUCAGGAUCAACCCUCCGCUCAGACACUGACCGACGACCCGGAGCCGUGGGGCUUCAGAGGAGGCCUCUCCGGAGAGUUCCAGAGGAUGCUUCCAGGACACGGAAACAGGGAUCUGUUCAAACACCCUCCCAUGACUGCAGUCUACUGCAUACGUCCUUACUGCAGCAACGACGAGGCUGAGGUGCAGAAGAUUUUUAAGGAGAUGCAGAGACGAGAGGAACCAAGCCCUACACUCAUCAGUGACCGCCUGUCCUCGGGGGACGUCGCCCCCUCUCCUUCGUGCGCUCUUGUAGUGGAGGAUGACAUCGGGGUUUGUGGUUAUGCGCUGGCGCUCACCGAUGCCAAACAAGCUGCGGGCACAGAGCAGAGGUCAGGAAGUGACACCUUGUUGGAGGAUUACCCCUCCCUGGUUGUGGUCCAAGUGCUGCCUCGGGUCACUGAUCCAUCCCCGGCCAGGCGUAUGGUCACUCAGCUGCUGUCCUCCAUCAGGAGCAGCGGCUCCAGAGGGGUUUUCUGCGAGCUGAGGCAGAGCGACCGGAGGAUGCUCGACUUCUUCUCCAAGCUCGGCUCCUUGAAGCUCGUUCCCGUGGGCAAGAGUCUGCCUCAGGAUGCCGUCGUCCUGGCAGCAAAGUUUCAGUAACGCGAAAGCGUUCAGGAUCUUGGUAAACGGCGCUCAUCAGUUUGAAUCAAAUCUUUCGCCUGCUCUUUAACGUUUUGUCAACGUUGUGUCUGCAAGGAUAUUUUUUCAAUAAAUCGGAAACAUCCACAGUGAA